GCUACGAUUUCGCAGCCAUCAGAAAUACCUAACAACGUAUUUUGAACAUGUCGAUUUUGCGUCGCAGAUGGAUCUGAGGGGAGGAACAUGAUCAGUAAAGGGUGUCGACCACUCGAUGGGUCUCGGAAAGCUGAUAAAUCCCGACGUGGCUCUGAUUAAGCAUCCCCCACUUCGUCUCGGUUCUUCUUAUUUCUUUGGCUCCUCCCGUUGUUCUUCCAGCUGUUCCGAGCGUUUCAUUUGUGACCGCAAUAUCACAUCACCUCAGAUAUAAAGCGCUCGAAUAUCAGAUCCAAGAUGGUUGGUACAGCCACCAAAGCGACCCAGGGCAUCCCCUAUUUCACCCCAGCGCAGGAGCCGCCGGCCGGAACGCCAACCGAUGUGGCCACAGCGCCGACUCUGUUCCAACCACUUCGCAUCCGCGAUGUCGAGCUUGCCAACCGCCUAGCAGUCUCGCCCAUGUGCAUGUACUCAGCGCAAGACGGUCAUCUCACGGACUUCCACCUCGUCCACCUCGGCCAGUUCGCGCUGAGGGGCGCGGGGCUGACCAUCGUCGAGGCCACCGCCGUGGAGCCCCGCGGCCGCAUCUCCCCCGAGGACUCCGGGCUAUGGUCCGACAGCCAGAUAGAGCCCCUGAAGAGGGUCGUUGAUUUCGUGCACGCCCAGAACCACAAGAUCGGCAUACAGCUCGCCCAUGCCGGCCGGAAGGCUUCCACCCUCGCACUGUGGCACCUCAAACCGGGCACCCGCUGCCUGGCCACCGCCGACCAGGGUGGUUGGCCUGACGAUGUCGUCGCGCCCUCCGCCAUCCCCUUCGCCGCGGAAGGAGGCUGGCCCGAGCCGCGGGCCCUGACGCUCGACGAGGUCGAAGGGGUUGUGCGCGCUUUCGCCGACGCCGCGCGCCGCGCUGUCGCUGCGGGAAUCGACGUCGUCGAGAUCCACGCCGCUCACGGGUACCUCCUAACCGAGUUCCUGUCGCCGUUGACGAACCGGCGCACUGACCGCUACGGCGGGAGCUUCGAGAACCGCAUCCGGCUUGCCGUUGAGGUCAUACGGGCCGUGCGCGCCGUUAUCCCGGCUGGCAUGCCGCUCUUCGUCCGCAUUUCGGCUACCGAGUGGAUGGAGCACGGGCACGAGACGGGCCAGCGGUCCUGGGACCUGGAGGAGUCGAUUCGGUUCGCUAAGCGCCUCCCGGAGCUUGGUGUCGAUCUGCUCGAUGUGUCCUCUGGGGGGAACCAGCCUGACCAGCGCAUCGAGGUACAUCCUUACUACCAGGUCUCCCUUGCCGGCAAAAUCCGCGACGCCUUGCGCGCCGAGGGGAAGGAUAUGCUCAUUGGAGCGGUGGGGAUGAUCAGCGAGGCCGAGAUGGCGCGCAGCAUCGUCCAGGUCGGGGAGGGGGUCAAGGGGGAGGAAAAGAAGGACCGCGAGACCGUCGAGGUGGACGAGGAGCACGGCCAGAAAACGCAGGCGGAUUUGGUCUUUGUGGGACGCCAGUUCUUGCGGGAACCCAAUUUUGUUCUGAAGAUUGCGGAGGUGUUGGGCGUGCCUGUCAAGUGGCCCAACCAGUACCUCUACGGAGCUCCCAGGCGAAAGCUUUAAGGGGGGAAGAAAGGGGAGAACAUAGAGAAUCAGGGGGGAAAGAUAAUGGAACAAAAGAAGACGGAGUGGAAGCGAUUUGGGAAGUCAUGACAUACAUGACAGAAGAGAAGAGAAGACAUGGAGAGGACUAGAGCAAAGGAGCCAUGAUCACGACGUGAUAGAGGUUAGACGUGAGGACGGCAGGACUGACAUGUAAUAAAGCUCAUAAUAACGAGGGUAUCAUGACGGGG